CCUUGUUGCUCUGAUUUAUAUGUCUUUGUGCUCAGUUUUCUUUUUUGCCCUUUUUACUCUUUUUUAUCUUUCACUUAAUUCUCUCACUUUUUCACUUCAUUCACUGAUUCAUUCUCUUUUUUCUUUUCCUCUCAUCUUGACAUCGCUCUAUUAGCCCAUAAUUUACAUCCAACUAAAAGAGAAAGUUCUUUUUCUUUUCUUCAGAAACAUAAAAAGUAGAGCUCAUUCCCUCAAGUCAUGUCCUUUGUGGACGACGUGAUGGAAUCUUCAAUUCGCUCUAAACACACCUCAACUCCUCCACUUCACUCAUCUUACCAACGGGUAGACUCAUUCGAGCCCCAGAACAAUCAGAGUCCGCGUGUAGUGGCAGAAGAAACACCGGUAGUGGGCGGAGGAGUCACAGGAGUAACAGAGGCUGAAGGUUCAACUACGGGAGGAACUAAUAAACAGACUUCCCAUCGUUCCAAACAUGAAUCGGCACCGGCUCCACCUAAAGGAAUAGCAGCGUUAGGGAACCGGCCUCGAUCGUCCUCUAGCACGAAGGCGCUACUGACAAUGGCUUUACUUGAAGCUCAAUCAGCAGUCCAAAAGGAUAAUGACGGCAAUAUCUCAGAGGCACUAGAUUCCUAUAGUAAGGCUGUUACACUCUUGGGGAAAGUCAUGGAGGCAGCCUCUACACAAGAUGAACGUGAACGAUUAAAGAUCAUUCACGACUCGUAUCGGUUCAGAAUGCAUUUGCUUGCAACUCCGCCUUCAUUGCCAACACAACAGUCUGUAAUAACACCCGAGACGAAUAAUGAGAGGCAAUCAGAAGGGGCCAUGGAAACUCAAGUAGUUCAAUCAACGCUAGGGACAGAGACGGCACAGAAUGUUCAAGAGUCACGAAAGAUACAGAGCAACGAUGAGGAAAAACCUCAGGCGACGGCGCCAGUGGAAGAGUACACAAAAUCUACUCCUCCUCCAAGGCCACCACCACCACCGCCUGGCUCAUUGGAUCUUCCGCUUUCUUUGAAAGAGGCACUAAAGGAGCAAGGUGUGACUUUUGAUGACCCUUCACCACCACUACGACCACCAACUCUAGGGCUUCCACCAUUGCCCAUGUCCCCUCCCCCUAUACCACCCCGGAAUCCUCCCCCACCACCUCCACGGUCUCCCCCUCCCCUGGCGAGUAUACUCGGACCAGCUCCUCUUCCUCCACAAUCUGUAGCAGCCUCUGCAUCAACGUCAACAAUACGCUCCCAUGCUCAGGCCACCUCAGUGCAGAUGCACGCUAUGCCACUGAAUGCUAUGGCCUCUGUAGAAAAUACAGGAGCAUCGACAACAACAGCAAUGACAGCUAUUUCUGGAGGUAUAUCACAAAUAGCAAUGGUUCGAAAAGAUGCACCACCUAAGCAGACCAAAAAAAAUAGAGCUGUUUCACACGGACCUCCUGCUGCAGCCCCUGCACCUCCUACUGGCGAGCCAAAGACGCGUCGCUUAAGAGCAGAAUCAGCUUCAGUAGGGUUAUCAGGAACUAAUAAUUUCUCAAAGUUGGAAAAUACGUCAAAUGAAAAUGGAUCAAGUCUGGCAAGGAAUCGCUAUCGUACAAAAACCUUUGCAGGAGUACCUCGUACCGCCCAAACAGACCUUGAGCAUCAGCCACAACCACAAGCACAUCCCUCACCCACACUACCAUCCCAACAACAACCGCAACAACAACAGUUGCAACAGCGUCGUGUAAGAGACAAGGAGCAAAAGCCUAAAUUCGUCAUCUUGAAGAGCGCCCCUACUGUACCAUUACCACCACCUCCACCACGGACAUCGGGACCAACUACAGAGCCAUUACAGGCCGCAGACUCAACAUCAGCGCAAAGCAGAGAUGUAUCAGCUAUGCAUGCGAUGCCCAUGUCGCCCCUUAUGUCACCACCUAUGUCGCCACCCGUACCUCAAGUGCCACCAUUAAGACCUAAUCGAGUGAGCGCAGCAUCUAAAUUUACCAAAUCAGGAACACCCACACUUACUGCUGCACACAUGACGUUUUCGUCCAUGGGUGACGGCAGUAACAAUGGACGGCCAUUGUCACCUCCACCUACUUCUCCACCACCAAUCAUCCCUGUAUCGCCACCAUUAUCGCCCACUAACCCUGGGCGACGAAUCAGACCGCUCUAUCAACAAUUAAUGCCACAACCACCAAUUAAGUCUCCUGAGCAACAACAACAGCAGCAGCAACAGCUUCCUGAGAGCCAAGCGGAAGUACAAGAGCAGAAGCAAGACGGAAAGGAGCAAAAAGGGCAGGUUGAAGGCUUAGCAACAUUGCAUGAAGACGAAAGAGAGGAAAGCCACUCAUCGGAAUCAUCCAGUUCUCAUCGUAUAUCUCAUUCAUCGGCAAGCUCUGUAGAAAAAGAGGCGUCUUUAACUAUUAAUUCUACUAUGGCUAACCAAACUCAAUCUACAACAAAAAAGGGGUUGGAAUCAUCGGCUAAUGCCUCGGCCGACCCAGACACUUUAGUCGAGGUGUGGCUACCCAAUUUAUUAAAUACGAGCUUUGCUACGUCAAAGAUCUUUUUAGAUCAUCUAGAGCAGCCUUCAGAUUCUACUCCUCAGGAUCAAGUUUUCCUUAAAGGAUGGUAUAAAUCUACGCAGCAUGGUCAGGAAGAUAUACCACCAGUGCCAUCGAUGCCACCAGUACCGCCUUUGCCGGCAGGAUAUAGUCAACAGUCACCAGAAAUGCAAUCUGUAGAACAAAUGCAAUCACCUACAACAUCAACCUUACCAACCUCAUCCACCAUCACAACGAAGGCCUCGCCGCUCGCAUUAUCGCUUGAAAGCCAACAGCUAUUGGACACAUUGAGUCGAGCUACUGCAAAUGCAAUGGCAGCAUUGGAAUCGCAUUCUGGAGCAGCUACAACUAAACCUGCGACACGGACUCAAGAGGCUAUUUCACCAAAGCUUCUUCCAUCACGGACAAUAUCAGCUACGACUACAGCCACAAAAAUCAUGGACAGCAACAGCAGCAACAGCAGCAACAGCGACAGCAACAACAACAAUAAUUCCCCUAUUAAUGCCAACUUGAAACCAAAUGGAAGUGGUAGUGGGAACUGUCAGAACAAUGCUGAUACCAAUACCAACAGCAAUAACAACUCUAAAGGUAGCAGCAGCAAUAACCAAAAUAGCCCGACAAUAGCGGCACCAGCGACCAUGGCUACUACAAACAAUACUGGAACUGGACGAGAAUUGAGUUUACAGGAUGUAAUCUCGCAAGAUCCUUUCGCUGGGCUGAAAACUAACAAACCAUGACUACUGGUGGCUUCCUCAGUCCUAAACUCUAUGUACCUCGCAACAUUUGGUAUCAAAAGACAGCUGUCCGACUUCCUGCUAUUGAUGCCAAGAUUCAUGCAUGUCAGACUCUUUCCCAGACAUUGGAUCGAAUGGUAGCCCAAUCCAAAAGUGGCAAGCUCACAUUGCUGGUCGAGCUUGGUGGACGUGUCGAGAAGGGUGAAAAGGAUAGAGCGAUGCUUCUU